UAUUUUUGACGUUUAGUAUCGAGGUUAAUGAAUAUUUUAUAAAAAUAUCUAAAAUGUACGUAAAAAACCUAAAACAAGAUUUUUAUGAAUUUUUGGCAGCAAAGCGGAUAUUACUGAUAGCAAACUACGACAUUGAUUCAAUUUGUACUUGUAAAAUACUACAGCCCUUAUUAAAGCAGGAGUAUUGUGUUUAUACGUUAGAAGUGGUUAAAAAUACCGAUGAUCUAAAAAGGGUUUAUCAUGAAAAUUGCGAUGAUGUUAAAUAUUUCGUUUUAAUAAAUUGUGGGGGCACAGUAGACAUUCUAGAGUGUCUUGAACCCGAAGAAGACGUUUUGUUUUUUAUUCUCGAUGCCCACAGACCGACAGACGUGUACAAUAUUUACAGUGAUAAUCAAGUGCGGUUAUUAUGUAGUCAAGAAUCAGAUGUAAAUGUACCCAAGUUUCACGAUAUUUUUACAGAGGAUGAUGAGUCGGAGAACGAAGAACAUGAAUCAGAAAAAGAAGAUAGUGAUGAAGUGGAGGAUAGAGCAGUUAAAAGGCAAAGAUUAGAAGAACGUAUUAUACGAAGACGCGAAAAACGAAUUUGGGAACAGAAUAGGGAGGAAAUUCUACGUAAAUAUGCACAGUACACUUAUUAUGCCUACCCAAGCGCGAUUACAAUGUUUAAUUUGGCCUGGAAGCUAAGUAAAGAUGACAUGGAUUUCUUGUGGUAUGCUAUAGUAGCUCUCGCGGAACAGGAAGUUCUUGGUAAAAUAGAAGACUCAAAUUACGUGUUAGAAACGGGAACUUUACAAUCUCACGCUAAUCGAUUACGAAACCGAACUGCAGACAACAAUCUCGCCACAUCAACUAAAAUUGAAUUCGAAAAAGACUUGAGACUUGCCCUUUACAGACACUGGACCGUCGAAAGUAGUUUAAAAUAUUCUACGUACACCGCUUGCAAAUUGAAAUUGUGGUCAAUAAAAGGAGAGAUGAAAUUACAUGAGCUGCUGGUCGAUAUGGGACUUCCGUUGGUUCAGAGCAAACAAAAUUUCUCGUCGAUGGACUUGGACUUGCGUCAAGAGUUUUUAAGUAAAUUGGAAAAAUUUUCUGAAAAGUAUGGACUGACAGACAUUAUCUACAGCACGUUUACGUUAUCGUAUGGCUAUCGAAAUAAAUUUACCGCUUCCGAUUACGUUUACGCCCUAAUAGCAAUUUUGGAUGCUUCGUCAUCUGAUAAAAAUCCACAAGAAUGUUUCCAUUUGGCCCUCGACUGUCUUUCGCGGACAAAAAAAGAAGUACUACACUCGGCUCUUGAAAGGGCGAAAAAUAUUAUUACAACCCUAUUCAAAACCGUACAAAAUGCAUUAGAUAUGAAAAGGGUGAUAUCAGCAGGCCCGUUUUUGUACUACAUCAUUCAAGAGGGUUCAACUGGUUGGCAAUUGCUCUCUCAACCGAAUAUUUUGUUUAUGUUGGCUCAAUUUUUACUCAAAGCCUAUGUAUCGACUUCGUCAAAUCGAAAGGCCCAAUCUCUACCGUUGUUAGUCUCUGCCCCUAGUGAUGCAGAUAAAGGAACUUGUAUUUUGUUAGGAGUUCCCCCAUUGUGCGAGGAUUCGACCAAAAACUUAUUCGGGGAGGCAUUUCAACAAAUUGCUAGUAACAUAAACUGUGAUACUUUUGCGAAUUAUUUCGAUACGUCGUAUGUCGAUUUACAUAUAAAAGAUCGUACGAGAUUUUUGGAUGCAUUAACUGCAAUUGUUUUAUAGAAUUUGUUUAAAUAAUGUUUUGUUUUGUGUGUAAAUGUGUUCAUGUAGAAAAUUAAAAGUGUUAUUCAUGUAAUUCCAAGAUGUAAUUUAUAAGUUUAGCAAUUUUUAUAAGGAAAAAAAAG